CAACCAGCACGAGCAUGGCUACACAGCACUCAUGUUUGCUGCUCUGUCAGGUAACCUUGAGGUGACCAGGUUGAUGUUGGAGGCUGGAGCGCGGACGAGCGCCGUCAACACCGUGGGAAGGACAGCAUCACAGAUGGCAGCAUUCGUAGGACAACAUGCAGUUGUCAGUCUUAUCAACAACUUCUUCUCCAGGGACGACUUGGACUACUACACCAAGCCACAGGGUGUAGAAAAGGAGGCCAAGUUACCGCCCAACCUGGCUGACUGUGUGCACAAACUCAUCCUCAUGUCCAACCUCAACCCUGUGAAGAUCAUCCUCCAUGUCCAAGAGAACCCAGAGUCCCAGGAUGAGCUGGUGACCAUCGCCCGGCUACUGGACACCUUGUGUACCAAGUUCAUGAAGCAGUCGGAGACCAAUGAGGUGAUGGCCAUGAAGGUGCACUACCAGGGCUGCGUACUGCGCGAGGCAAACAAGUGGCUGGUGGAGAAAAACGACACCUUGCAAAACCUGAUGAAAUAUUUCUUGAAAGGCAGGGAGAAAGACGGCUUCCCUGUUGCCCAAGAAAAGUUCCUGCGCUUGUCAAUACGCAGUUUCCCAUACCACGAGAGUGAACUGCUACAACAGAUAGUACACAACGUGGCUCCAGUCACAGUGGGUGAUGACCCCACGGCCCUGUCCAUCCUGGUGUCUGCCAUUAACGGCCACCAGAGUGCAGCUGCAGAGAACCAGUGCUACACAUGCGGGGACCUGCAGGCCGAGAAAAAAUGUUCUGCUUGCAAAAAGGUGAAGUACUGUGGCCAGGCAUGUCAGAAGCUCCACUGGUUCACUCAUAAGAAAAUCUGUGCCACGCUGAAGGCUGAGUUCCUCAAGGAACAGGAACUGGCCGAGAAAAUGAAACAGCAAACUCUAGAAGAGCAGGAAGGUAAGGACAUUCAAACAAUACAUGUAGUCAUGUACAACUAGAGCCAUUCUUGUUGUCUCCAAACUUUGAUUUGUGUAUGUAU